CAGACACAGAGCCACCAUGGCUGCACCCACAGCCACACGGCCACGCCUGCCGCACGCCGCCCCGGCGCUCCUGCUCCUCCUCACCGCUCUGGCCACCAGCCUUGCCUGCCAACACCUGUGGACACACGAGGACACCUUCCCCGGUGACGCUCUCCGCCUCCUGCAGGACAUGGCCGCCAACCACACACAGCUCUGCCACCUCCAAGAGCCGCCCUUCUUCCCCGACACCCUGCUCCACAACAACCUCCUGCCGCAGCAAGCCGCCGCCACCGCCCUCCGCAUCCUGCAGCACCUCUUCCACACCCUCAGCUCCAACGGCACCCGCCAGCACUGGCCCAGCCAGGCUCGCAACCACCUCCUCAACAAGCUGCAGCACCACAUCCACCACCUGGAGCAAUGCCUCGCCGACAAGGCCACGCCCUUCAAAGGACCACGCAACCCGCUGCUCGCCAUCAACAAGUACUUCAGGGACAUCCACCUCUUCCUCCACGCCCACCAGCACAGCGCCUGCGCCUGGGACCACGUCCGCCUCGAAGCUCGUGCCUCUCUACAGCACCUCCACAACCUCACCCGCCCCAUGCGCCGCUAGCGCAAACACCCACACGCCAAGCCUCGCCUACGCCCCAAAGCCGCCUCCUCUGCCCUGGCACCAGAGACAGGCCUGCCACAACCGUACAGCACCCGCAGCAAUCAACCACUGCAUCUCCAGCCAUUCGGCCGCUCCCACUGAGAUGGACAAAGGACUUUCUCUACGUAUUUAUUGACUGAUCUAGUUAUUUAUUUAUUUAUUUAUUUAUUUAUCUAUUUAUCUAUUUCGUCAGGUACUUAUUUUUCUACCUCUUCCCUUAUUUAUGACAUCGGAAAUAAAGACCUGUGACAAAACCCUUGCCACCGCCUCUCCUCUCUCUAGCACUGCAACCACUCUUUGCGCCAGGGGAAAGCCAUCUCCCUGGAACACCUGCUCCAAGCCAUGCUCCACACAGCCCCUGUCCACUCUCCUCAAUGGCACCUGCCCAAGCAGCAUCCUGCAGCAGCCCCUGUGCAAAAACACUGCCACCCUGUUCUUGGCCAACACCACGGAAGCACACAAAGCCCAAGGCUGGAGAGCACCGCUGCACCUCAUCUGCUUUAUCCUCUCCGUGCUCCAUUCGUCCAAUCCAUGCCUCUCUGACUCGCAGGCAACGAUGUCAUGCAGGACACUAGAGUAAAAGCACGGCCCCCGACGUGCAGGAAGAGAUGACAAGGAGGACUCCCUCGAUAGCUGAAGGCUAAUUAAUUACUUUAUUAUACUCUAUUAUUUUAUGCUAUAUUCCAAUAGAUUACACUACAUCUAAACUGAAACUGCACAAGCACUCAACUCCAACUCAUCUUGUGGCUGACCAAGAAGACACGGCUUGCAGAGACUGGUCAAGAAAACAAAACACUCCCAGCAGAAUCCAAUUCCCAUCAGGUGAACAAUCCUCCACCAUGCAUUUCACUUCUGCACAAAGAAAGGACCAGCAAUUGGGAUUAGAAUUGUUUUUUCUUUCUUCGAGGCACAUCUCUGCGAUUCCCAGAAAACAUCCUUGGGAAGUUGUGCCUUGA